AUGGCUGACGAUAAUGUCUCUGCGCCCGUCGCUGAGUCCGAGCGCGCCGAGAAGCCUACUGACGCCGAGAACGUGACGGCCGAACAGAACGAGAACGCAGCUGCGACCGACAAGCCUGCCGAAGCCGAAGCAGAGAAACCUGCAUCGGAGGAAGCUCAGGCUGAGGCCAAGGCCGAGGGCGAGGCCGCCGAAGCUGCCCCUGCCAAAGCUGAGGGUGAGGCCGCGACUGCGGAGGACGCGCCCGCUGAGGCGAACGGAACUCCUGCUUCCGCCAAGAAGUCCUCCAAGAACCGCCGCAGCUCCACCGGUGCUACACAGAAGCUCAACCGACGAAAGUCCCAGAACCGCAUCACGCACCUGGAUGCCAAGCCCGGACAAUAUUACAUGGCGCGCUUGCGCAGCUUUGCGCCCUGGCCUGCGAUCAUCUGCGACGAUGAGAUCCUGUCAGAGAGCUUCAAUGAGAGCCGCCCGGUGACGGCCAUGCAGAAGGACGGCUCCUACAAGGGUGAGUACGCCGAUGGUGGUCGCCGCACACACGAGCGCACCUUCCCCGUUAUGUUCCUCGGCAGCAAUGACUUUGCUUGGAUUGUCAACACAAAUCUGUCCGCCAUGCCCGAGGACUUUUCGGAAAAGGGAAAGACCAAGGGGCUUAUCGAUGCCAUGAAGGUCGCAUCCGAAGGACACGAUCUGAAGUACUUUAAGAAGCUCCUGAGCGACCACCAAGCCGCUAUUGACGAAGAAGAGGCGGAGAUCGAGGCCAAGGAGGCCGAGAAGGAGGCCGCAAAGGAGGCCGCUAAAGCUGCCAAGGAAUCCAAGAAGGGCAAGCGCAAGUCCAAGGCAGCCGACACGGAUGUUGAAAUGGAGGAUGCCGACGACUCCAAGAAGACCAAGCCUACCUCGAAAAAGCGCAAGAAGGAUGCCGACACCGACGCUGAGGCUGAGAAGCCCGCCAAGACCCCCAAGAGCAACACGAAGCUGAAGUUGACCACCCCCAAGGCACCCGCAGAGGAAAAGACCCCGGCCAGCAAGAGAAAGGCCCCGGCCAAGAGGGGAAAGGCCGCCGCCGCCGCCCCUAGCGAUGACGAUAACAGCGCCGAUGCUAAGGAAUCCGAGAAGCCGGUUGACCCCGAGGAGCUCAAGAAGAAAAAGGAGAAAGAAAGUACGCAUGAACCCAUUUUCAAGCCCCCAGUCCAUGUGCCCCUUACCGACCCGGAUCACUUAUACCUUUCAGUUCUGUUCCUCCGCCACAAGCUCCAGAAGGGCUUCAUUUCCCGCGAAACCCCUCCCGCGGAAGAUGAAAUGGCCAGCAUGGCCACCUACUUCGACAAGUUGGAGAAGCACGCCGACUUGGAAGUCUCCAUCAUCCGAUCAACCAAGAUUAACAAGGUUCUGAAGAUGAUUGUGAAGCUGAACACGAUCCCCCGGGACGAAGAGUUCAACAUCCGCUCACGCGCCAUGAGCAUCCUUUCCAGCUGGAAGAACGUUCUGGAUGCCGCUGACACUCCCGGCCCCGCUGACAAGACUGACAAGCCUACUACCAACGGAUCCAAGGAGGAUGACGGUGCCGAGACCCCCAAGCUGGAGACCGAGGAGGAGAAGGAGCCGGAGACCAAGUCUGCUAAGGAUGAGGUCGACUCACCCAUGCCGGAUGCUGAUGCUGAGAAGGCCCCAGAGCCUGAAAAGGAGGCCGAGGGCGAGAAGCCGACCGAGGAGUCGACAGAGACCACCGAAAAGCCCUCUGAGCCCGAGGCAAAGUCAGCUGAAGAGCCUGCUACAGAGAACGCCGAGGUUGCGGCCUAA